UGAAAGCCUUUGGCUUUGGUCCCCCCUUCUCUCUUCCACUUUACUCAUUUUUCCCACCUUCCCCUCCUACCUUCCUUCUUCUUUCUCUGGCAAGUUGCGAGUUGCAACUUUAAUAACAUCAAAGAAAGAAGCUCGGAAGGGAAAGGGAUGCCGCUAUCUCAAAAAAUGGACGGCUUGGAUCAAGCUCCUCGUAUCUGCUACUAAUCUCUGGCCAUCCGAUCUCCUUUUCUCUCUUCCCUAUCUUGAUUUAGAGCUGUUAUUGUCACAUGAUGGAGGCUUGUUACUGUAUUGACUCUCAGUGGCCACCCGAUGAGCUUCUGGUUAAGUAUCAAUAUAUAUCGGACGUCUUAAUCGCCUUGGCUUAUUUCUCAAUUCCUCUGGAACUUAUCUAUUUUGUUAAAAAGUCUGCAUUCUUCCCGUAUCGAUGGGUGCUUAUGCAAUUCGGUGCUUUCAUCAUUCUUUGUGGAGCAACCCACUUUAUAAACUUGUGGACAUUCGCUAUGCACACUAAAGCCGUUGCUGUGGUGAUGACAAUUGCGAAGGUUUCUUGUGCUCUUGUAUCAUGUGUAACUGCUUUGAUGCUUGUACACAUUAUUCCCGAUUUGUUGAGUGUUAAAACUCGUGAGUUAUUUCUGAGGAACAAGGCGGAACAACUAGACAGGGAGAUGGGCCUUAUUCUCACUCAAGAAGAAACUGGAAGGCAUGUAAGGAUGCUAACUCAUGAAAUUAGGAGCACACUCGACAGGCAUACGAUAUUGAAGACCACCCUUGUUGAAUUAGGUAGGACAUUGGGCCUGGAGGAAUGUGCAUUGUGGAUGCCAUCAAGGACCGGUAUGGAUCUGCAACUUUCCCAUACUCUAAACUACCAAAUACAAGUUGGAUCAACUGUGCAAAUAAAUCUUCCAGUUGUCAACGAAGUAUUCAAUAGUGCUCGAGCAGUGCGUAUACCCUAUACCUGCCCUUUAGCUAGGAUCAGACCUUUAGUUGGAAGAUACGUGCCCCCAGAGGUUGUUGCUGUUCGGGUACCACUUUUACAUCUCUCAAAUUUCCAAAUUAAUGACUGGCCUGAUCUCUCCACCAAAAGCUAUGCGGUCAUGGUCCUUAUUCUCCCCACUGAUAGUGCCAGAAAAUGGCGAGAUCAUGAAUUGGAACUUGUCGAAGUUGUGGCAGACCAGGUUGCUGUUGCUCUCUCUCAUGCUGCGAUUCUGGAGGAAUCUAUGAGGGCCCGUGAUCAGCUCAUGGAACAAAAUGGUGAUUUAGAUUUGGCUCGCCGAGAGGCCGAGAGGGCAAUUCACGCACGGAAUGAUUUCCUUGCUGUAAUGAACCAUGAAAUGCGAACGCCAAUGCAUGCAAUCAUUGCAUUGUGUUCCCUUCUUCUCGAGACUGAGCUAACUCCAGAGCAAAGAGUUAUGAUAGAGACAGUGCUAAAGAGUAGCAAUCUUUUGGCAACACUAAUCAAUGAUGUUUUGGAUCUUUCAAGACUUGAAGAUAAUAACCUAGAACUAGAAAUUGGAAUGUUUGAUCUUCAUGGAAUCUUCAAAGAGGUCAUUAAUCUGAUAAAGCCAAUCACAUCUGUAAAGAAGCUAUCUAUGACUAUGAUUCUGGCACCUGAUUUGCCAAUGUUUGCUGUUGGUGAUGAGAAACGACUUAUGCAAACUAUUUUAAAUGUCGUGGGUAAUGCUGUUAAGUUCACAAAGGAGGGUUAUGUUUCAAUUAUAGUUGCUGUUGCAAAACCAGAGUCUUUAAGAGACUGGCGGCCUCCAGAAUUUUACCCCGUGUCAAUCGAAGGCCAUUUCUAUUUACGAGUGCAGGUUAAGGAUUCUGGUUGUGGUGUUCUCCCACAAGAUAUACCAAAUCUCUUUACCAAAUUUGCACAUCCUCGAAGUGGAUCCGUUAACGGUGGAGCUGGACUUGGACUUGCUAUUUGUAGAAGGUUUGUAAAUUUGAUGGGAGGCCACAUAUGGAUCGAGAGCGAGGGCCAUGACAAAGGUUGCUCUGCAACAUUCCUUGUGAAGCUGGGGAUUGGCAGCAAUCCGAAUGAUUCGGCAAUCCAUCAAGCUUCACCGAACAUUAGAGCAUACCAUGGAAGUGCAGAAAUGAGUGGACAAAAACCGAUGUUAAGAGAUCUUCGUGGUACUGCUAAUCCCAAUGCACGAUACCAACGAAGUCUUUAGGUGGCAGUGGUAGCUAGCUAAUGUUUGCUAUGAGAAAAAGUUUGACUUGUAUUAUUUUCCGUUUUCAUACUGUUUGAGGUGAAGAUUGCUGCUUUUAAACUAAACUUUUAUUACAUAGCCUCACUGUUAUUUGUUAGAGUUAUAUAGUGAAAGUAGCGAGUUUGAAGCGCCAUUCCUUGUGUUUUAUUU